GUGACAAUAACAGUGCUUUGAAAAGAUUUUACGACUCGUUUGGUCGGUCACUUGCACUUUCUCAAGCAAAGGGAAUCGCCCUAAAACCUUAUUCUUCAACUUAUUUAAUCCCACUAUCAUCACCUUGAGUAUAUAAGAAGCACUCAGAGCCCACAUUUUCACACCAAACCUUGACUUGGUCCUCUUCUUAAACGGGAUCCUUAAGUCUCUUUCUUACGGCCAUUAUUUCUUCGGCUUUCUUUACAGUAUCUUCACCUACUUAUUCUCCUGUGUAUUGUAAGACAAACAAUAUAUCUUCACCCUUUCAAAACUUUUCAUCCAAACUUCCUUUAUAUAAUGGCAUCAAGCUCUUUUAAAUCUUCAGGCAAUUCUAGCUCCUCAUGGACUCUUAAGCAAAACAAAAAAUUUGAGGACGCUCUGGUUUUAUAUCCUGAGGACACGCCAGAUAGAUGGCAAAAGGUGGCCAGGGCAGUGGGUGGAAAAACACCUGAGGAAGUAAAAAGGCAUUAUGAUAUCCUGUUGCAAGAUCUCAUGCAUAUAGAAUCUGGAAAAGUUCCUCUUCCUAACUACAAGCCCAUUGCUCCCAACGGUUCAAUGUAUGAUGAUGAGCAGAGGCUCAUGAAGAAUCUAAAGCUCCAAUAAGGCAAGGUAUUAUACCAACGAUAAAAUAAGAGCUGUAGAAGCGUUGUUCUCGAUAAUUUCAAGAAUAUAGCUUGGUGUCGGUAUUUCUCUACUUUCCCGCUCUGUUUGUCUUUUCUACCAUAUAUUGCUAAACUAUUGUAACCUGUGAAGCGAACUAUAAUCUAUUGUAAGUUGUAAUCUGAUUGUUCAUGUACCCGAUUUCUCUGCUUUUGUGUACUUCUAUCAUUACUGUUUCAUUCGCGCUUUCCAAUCAUUAAAGAAAAGAAAAGAAAGGAAUACCAUGUAAUAUAUUCGUUUGCCUUUA